AUGAGGAGAGGCAUCCUUUUCGCAGUGCUACUGGCCAUCUACUGCUCGACCGCUAAUGUCAUCUUGCGAUACGCGACAGAGGUUGAUAGUCCCAACCAAGAGAGAACUGAACUGAUCGAACACGAUGUCAGACAGCUUUCUUCGCUCGGCAGCCACCUUCACCGCCGUGCUGGUCGUGCGAAAUGUAGUGCGCCUCACCGAGGACCUGGCAUCGUCGAAAGGGGCCUGAAGGGCUCUUUUGACAAUUCUACCAUUCAAAGGCGCAUGAAUCUUCCCACUUUCGACAACAUUGAUGAUUACAUUGUAGCGGAGACUGGAGAAGCCGAGGCAGUCGUUUGGGGUCAACGAGACGGUAACGGUGACGAGAAUGAGUUCGACACCAACACGUCGAUAUUCGACCAAUUCAAGUUCUUCCAGGAGAAUCAAAUGAGUCAGGGCACCUCACAUCUUAUGGGCUGUACUAUGCUAGUCAUUGUCAGUCGCAGAGGUGUUUGGAUGGGUCAUUUCUGGGAAAACAUCUCCUUUGACACAGACCACGACCACCACUUCUGGGAUAAGUACAAGGGAGACCAAGACAAAAUCUUCACCGAGACUGUUAUCAAGGGUAUGCGGAACGGCAAAGGACGCGGGAGAAAUAAGCAGCAGGACUCUUUGAGGUUGAACGCCGAUAAGUUCAAGGACAACCAUGUCAAAGCUUACCUCAUCCAUCCCGAAACCAACGCUGAUGAAAGCGGUGACUAUAGAGAAUACUGGGAUAAGAUGAAAGAGGAAGCAUGUAUCUAUCUUCCCAAGCUUAGGGAACCAACCCGCUGGGAAGAGCAUUCAUACGAACCUACGGACGACAACGAUAUACUCGACGAAACCCCACGCGGGAGACUGCUGUUCAAAUACGACUCAAAGCAUCUCCGCAUCGGACCGAGUGCUGAUGGCACACCCUUUACAGAGCAUCGAGUAAUGCUGUGGAGCGAGACGAAAGAGUUGCAUGAAGAUGGAUGGACCGCGGGCACCAUCGAGAAGUCCUGA